AUGAACUACCUGCCGUCCAACGAGGUCCAGUUCUUCUCCAAGCUGGAGGUGGUGCUGGAGCUCAAGGCCCUGAGCUCCCCGCUGGCCACCGUCAAUAUCCUUAUGUCCCUAUUCCAGCUAGGCCACUUUCCCAGCCUGGUGCUGCACAGGGUCUUCUCCACCACCUUUAUCAGCAACGUCACCAGUGAGUGGCACGCACGCGCGUAUAACAAGCAACAUGAAAGAACAGCUGUGUUUCAUUUCUUUUGACUUACAGACUUUCAGUAGACACAAUGAACCUCAAGCUGACCCCUUAUAAACAACUAAUAAACACACACAUACAUGCACUGAAGCGGAAUAGUACACUCACAUACCCCAACUCAAUCCCAGUCAGUUGUAUGUGCUUCAUUUUCACGUUCUGCCAUUUUAGACAGUCCUUAUGCUCUGAUCGUGCGUCGCUACUUGUCUCUGUUGGACGCAGCGGUUGAGCUGGAGUACCGGGACUACACCGGUCCACGGCUCCAGGACACGCACAAGGUGCUCAUGUUUGACCGUGCGCUGACCGCUGACGAGGUCAACCGCAAAUACAGGUACGGUGCAGUACUAGAGUGAUUGGUUAACCAACUGUUAGUUGGUACAUGGUCAUCUAUUUUCUUUAUUGAAUUAUGUCUGCUUUUUCAUUGCAAAUUCCAGUGAAGCAUGAAAAGUAUCUGGUUGACAUAAGUGUUUUGUGUGUGUAUAUGUGUGUUUUUCAGCUACAAGGGUCUUGUUGCUGAAGCCCUCAGACAAUUGGUUGGAGAACAUGGCUACAAGCAAGAUGAAGUCCUAGCCCCUGGGUAUUACACAGGUACAUUGAACAAACACCAGAUUGCAUGUUAAACCCAAAGGCCACUGUAAGAUAGAGACCUGCACCGGUCAGUUUUUUUAGCCUCCUUUAUCAAUUCCGAGCCUUUAUCAAUUCCGAGCACCACCCGAUACCAGGACAGAUUUUUCUCCGCAACCCAACCCACCCGAAUAGAUUUGUUCCGAGAGCCGAUCCGUGACCCGCCAAAUAACACCAAUUUAUUUAAUUGUUUUAGAGUAGGCUAGUAGGCUAAUAUUCCCCUCCCUGCAUGAAUUAAGUUGUCUGCAUGUAUAAUCAACAUUUGGAUAAAAGAAAACCAUGCCAUGAAUUAAGAACAAUAUAUUUUAUUUUCACAAUGAGAUGCGGCACAUUGACAACUCGAAUCGCUCUGAAAAAAAAGGUGUCCUAAUUAGCUUUCUUACCUAAUGAAAUGCUAUAGCCAACAACAAAACAAGACCUUUACAUUUAAUAUUAUAAUUUAAUAAUUUAAUUGAAACUUAAGUAAAUAAUUCCCAGAAUCGAAUAUAGGCUGCAAAAGUACAUUUAUUUUGUAGGCUGUAGCCUUACUCAAACUUUUACGAGCCACACCAGUUUAAACUUAUUUUACUCUUAUUUUACCAGGUAAGUUGACUGAGAACACAUUCUCAUUUGCAGCAACGACCUGGGGAAUAGUUACAAGGAAGAGGAGGCGGGAUGAAUGAGCCAAUUGGAAGAUGGGGAUGAUUAGGUGGCCAUGAUGGUAUGAGGGCCAGAUUGGGAAAUUAGCCAAGACACCGGGGUUAACCUCUACUGGAUGGGUGUCCCGAAAUCGGGACAGUUGUUGCUCAAUACGGAUAAUGUGACUACAAUGACUUUGUAAACAAAAGCACAUUUUCAUGGACAUAUACAUGUCUUAUAUGGGCAGAAAGCUUAAAUUAUUGUUAAUUUAACUGCAGUGUCCAAUUUACAGUAGGUAUUACAGCGAAAAAAAUACCAUGCUAUUGUUUGAAGAUAGUGCACAACAACAAAACACUUUUAUCACGGCAACUGGUUUGAUACAUUCACCUCUGAAGGUAAAUAAUGUACUUACAUUUAGUAAUCGUGCUCUGAUCUGUCAUCCUGAGGGGUCCAGAGAUAAAAUGUAGAGUUGUUUUGUUUGUAAAAUCCAUUUUUAUAUCCUAACACGAUCCAUGUUGUAUAAAGCGUUUCGCCUGAAUUCCAACUCCUUCAACUUGCAACAAAAUAUUUCAACAUAAUAUAAAUGCUACUCCUUGUUUCACUCAGUCAAGUUCGGUUUUUCUGCGAUCCUCAGAUACUCAAGAAGGCAACCAAACUUGUUUCCGUCAUUCUGCAUGAGGUAUAGGCUACACAAAAGCUAUUUGAGCCCAACAAGAACUGACAUGAUUACGCACCAAUGAGGUGGAGGGUGUUCACUUGAUUGACUGUAUCUUGAUCCAAUGACCACCUGUCAUUUUGAAACAUAGCUAGCUAGAUAGCCAAUGAGCUGGGCUUUACAGGAGUAUGAGAUGGUCUUUGCCUGUGGGUUCAGCACACGCGCAAUACGGUUUAGUGUUCAUUGGAAAUCUAAACAAGGAAGUGGCGCAUCACGUUACGCACAGCUCGAUUUAGUAUACAAAGUUUUCUGCAAAUUUUGAAAGUACAAUAUGGCUACUAAUACUUAAAGCUAAAUCAAAGUCCAGGUAUACAGAUUUGGAUGAGAUUAUAGCAGAAAUCGACCGGGAAAGUGUCACAGAAGCAGUAGAUGAGGACUUAGUGAAUAUAGUUUAGACUCAACAGCUGAAUAUAUGUUUUUGGAAGGAGAGGACGCCACUUUAGACUGGUAAGUGAAAUACGUUCCUUUCUACUCAUGCUAAUGCAGUUGUUUGAAUCGUUGCAUAUUAUUCAUUUGAGAGAUUUUUUCUUUGAUUGCUAUAAAUACACUACUGUUCAAAGGUUUGGGGUCACUUAGAAAUGUCCUGGUUUUCGAAAGUUUUGUCCAUUUUAAAAUGACAUCAAAUCGAUCAGAAAUACAGUGUAGACAUUGUUAAUGUUGUAAAUGGCUAUUGUAGCUGGAAACGGCUGAUUUUUAAUGGAAUAUCUACAUAGGCGUACAGUCUCAUUAUCAGCAACCAUCAGUCCUGUGUUCCAAUGGCACGUUGUUUUUGCUAAUCCAAGUUUAUCAUUUUAAAAGGAAAAUGUAAUUAUGGAAAAUGUAUGCACUCACUAACUGUAAGUCGCUCUGGAUAAGAGCGUCUGCUAAAUGACUAAAAUGUAAAUGUAAUUAGCCUAUCAGAAGCUUCUUAAGCCAUGUCAUCAUUUUCUAGAAUUUUCCAAGCUGUUUAAAGGCACAGUCAACUUAGUGUAUGUAAACUUCUGACCCACUGGAAUUGUGAUACAGUGAAUUAUAAGUGAAAUAAUCUGUCUGUAAACAAUUGUUGGAAAAAUGACUUGUGUCAUGCACAAAGUAGAUGUCCUAACUGACUGCCAAAAACUAUAGUUUGUUAACAAGAAAUUUGUGGAGUGGUUGAAAAACCGAACUUGUACAUGGACCUCCAACCUAAGGUGUACUGUAAACUUCAGACUUCAACUGGUGUGUGGUGUGUGUGGUGUGGUUGUGUUUAUAUAUAUAUAUAUGUGGUUAUAUAUAUAUAAUUAUCUUAUAUAUAUAUAUAUAAUAUUAUAUAUUAAUAUAUAUAUGAUACACCACUACACACACAAAGUGGGGAGAACAAGUAGUUGAUACCACUGCCGAUUUUGCAGGUUUUCCUAGAAUUACAAAGCAUGUAGAGUAUCUGUAAUUUUUAUCAUAGGUACACUUCAACUGUGAGAGACGGAAAUCUAACAACAAAAAUCCAGAAAAUUAAAUGUAUGAUUUUUUUUGUAAUUAAUUUGCAUGUUUAUUGCAUGGACAAAAGUAUUGAUACAUCAGAAAAGCAUGAACUCUUAAUAUUUGGAUACAGAACCCUUUGUUUGCAUUACAGAGAUCAUACGUUUCCUGUAGGUCUUGACCAGGUUUGCACACACUGCAGCAGGGAUUUUGGCCCACUCCUCCAUACAGACCUUCUCCAGAUCCUUCAGGUUUCGGGGCUGUCGCUGGGCAAUACGGACUUUCAGCUUCCUCCAAAGGUGUUCUAUUGGGUUCAGGUCUGGAGACUGGCUAGGCCACUUCAGGACCUUGAGAUGCUACUUACGCAGCCACUCCUUAGUUGCCCUGGCUGUGUGUUUCGGGUCGUUGUCAUGCUGGAAGACCCAGCCACAACCCAUCUUCAAUGCUCUUACUGAGGGAAGGAGGUUGUUGGUCAAGAUCUCGCGAUACAUGGCCCCAUCCAUCCUCCCCUCAAUACAGUGCAGUCGUCCUGUCCCCUUUGCAGAAAAGCAUCCCCAAAGAAUGAUGUUUCCACCUCCAUGCUUCAUGGUUGGGAUGGUGUUCUUGGGGUUGUACUCAUCCUUCUUCUUCCUCCAAACACAGCGAGUGGAGUUUAGACCAAAAAGCUCUAUUUUUGUCUCAUCAGACCACAUGACCUUCUCCCAUUCCUCCUCUGGAUCAUCCAGAUGGUAAUUGGCAAACUUCAGACGGGCCUGGACAUGCGCUGGCUUGAGCAGGGGGACCUUGCGUGCGCUGCAGGAUUUUAAUCCAUGACGGCGUAGUGUGUUACUAAUGGUUUUCUUUGAGACUGUGGUCCCAGCUCUCUUCAGGUCAUUGACCAGGUCCUGCCGUGUAGUUCUGGGCUGAUCCCUCACCUUCCUCAUGAUCAUUGAUGCCCCACGAGGUGAGAUCUUGCAUGGAGCCACAGACCGAGGGUUAUUGACCGUCAUCUUGAACUUCUUCCAUUUUCUAAUAAUUGCGCCAACAGUUGUUGCCUUCUCACCAAGCUGCUUGCCUAUUGUCCUGUAGCCCAUCCCAGCCUUGUGCAGGUCUACAAUUUUAUCCCUGAUGUCCUUACACAGCUCUCUGGUCUUGGCCAUUGUGGAGAGGUUGGAGUCUGUUUGAGUGUGUGGACAGGUGUCUUUUAUACAGGUAACGAGUUCAAACAGGUGCAGUUAAUACAGGUAAUGAGUGGAGAACAGGAGAGCUUCUUAAAGAAAAACUAACAGGUCUGUGACAGCCGGAAUUCUUACUGGUUGGUAGGUGAUCAAAUACUUAUGUCAUGCAAUAAAAUGCAAAUUAAUUACUUAAAGAUCAUACAAUAUUAUUUUCUGGAUUUUUGUUUUAGAUUCCGUCUCUCACAGUUGAAGUGUACCUAUGAUAACAAUUAAAGACCUCUACAUGCUUUGUUAGUAGGAAAACCUGCAAAAUCGGCAGUGUAUAAAAUACUUGUUCUCCCCACUGUGUAUAUGUAUAUAUAUAUAUAUAUAUAUAUAUAUACAGUGGGGAAAAAAAGUAUUUAGUCAGCCACCAAUUGUGCAAGUUCUCCCACUUAAAAAGAUGAGAGAGGCCUGUAAUUUUCAUCAUAGGUACACGUCAACUAUGACAGACAAAUUGAGAAAUAAAAAUCCUGAAAAUCACAUUGUAGGAUUUUUAAUGAAUUUAUUUGCAAAUUGUGGUGGAAAAUAAGUAUUUGGUCACCUACAAACAAGCAAGAUUUCUGGCUCUCACAGACCUGUAACUUCUUCUUUAAGAGGCUCCUCUGUCCUCCACUCGUUACCUGUAUUAAUGGCACCUGUUUGAACUUGUUAUCAGUAUAAAAGACACCUGUCCACAACCUCAAACAGUCACACUCCAAACUCCACAAUGGCAAAGACCAAAGAGCUGACAAAGGACACCAGAAACAAAAUUGUAGACCUGCACCAGGCUGGGAAGACUGAAUCUGCAAUAGGUAAGCAGCUUGGUUUGAAGAAAUCAACUGUGGGAGCAUUAAUUAGGAAAUGGAAGACAUACAAGACCACUGAUAAUCUCCCUCGAUCUGGGGCUCCACGCAAGAUCUCACCCCGUGGGGUCAAAAUGAUCACAAGAAUGGUGAGCAAAAAUCCCAGAACCACACGGGGGGACCUAGUGAAUGACCUGCAGAGAGCUGGGACCAAAGUAGCAAAGCCUACCAUCAGUAACACACUACGCCGCCAGGGACUCAAAUCCUGCAGUGCAGACGUGUCCCCCUGCUUAAGCCAGUACAUGUCCAGGCCCGUCUGAAGUUUGCUAGAGUGCAUUUGGAUGAUCCAGAAGAGGAUUGGGAGAAUGUCAUAUGUCAUAUGGUCAGAUGAAACCAAAAUAGAACUUGUCGUGUUUGGAGGACAAAGAAUGCUGAGUUGCAUCCAAAGAACACCAUACCUACUGUGAAGCAUGGGGGUGGAAACAUCAUGCUUUGGGGCUGUUUUUCUGCAAAGGGACCAGGACGACUGAUCCGUGUAAAGGAAAGAAUGAAUGGGGCCAUGUAUCAUGUGAUUUUGAGUGAAAACCUCCUUCCAUCAGCAAGGGCAUUGAAGAUGAAACGUGGCUGGGUCUUUCAGCAUGACAAUGAUCCCAAACACACCGCCCGGGCAACGAAGGAGUGGCUUUGUAAGAAGCAUUUCAAGGUCCUGGAGUGGCCUAGCCAGUCUCCAGAUCUCAACACCAUAGAAAAUCUUUGGAGGGAGUUGAAAGUCCGUGUUGCCCAGCGACAGCCCCAAAACAUCACUGCUCUAGAGGAGAUCUGCAUGGAGGAAUGGGCCAAAAUACCAGCAACAGUGUGUGAAAACCUUGUGAAGACUUACAGAAAACGUUUGACCUGUGUCAUUGCCAACAAAGGGUAUAUAACAAAGUAUUGAGAAACGUUUGUUAUUGACCAAAUACUUAUUUUCCACCAUAAUUUGCAAAUAAAUUCAUAAAAAAUCCUACAAUGUGAUUUUCUGGAUUUUUUUCCCUCAUGUUGUCUGUCAUAGUUGACGUGUACCUAUGAUGAAAAUUACAGGCCUCUCUCAUCUUUUUAAGUGGGAGAACUUGCACAAUUGGUGGCUGACUAAAUACUUUUUUUCCCCACUGUAUAUAUAUAUAUAUAUACACAUACAGUGAGGGGAAAAAAGUAUUUGAUCCCCUGCUGGUUUUAUAAGUUUGCCCACUGACAAAGAAAUGAUCAGUCUAUAAUUUUAAUGGUACAUUUAUUUGAACAGUGAGAGACAGAAUAACAACAAAAAAAUCCAGAAAAACGCAUGUCAAAAAUGUUAUAAAUUGAUUUGCAUUUUAAUGAGGGAAAUAAGUAUUUCACCCCCUCUCGAUCAGAAAGAUUUCUGGCUCCCAGGUGUCUUUUAUACAGGUAACGAGCUGAGAUUAGGAACACACUCUUAAAGGGAGUGCUCCUAAUCUCAGUUUGUUACCUGUAUAAAAGACACCUGUCCACAGAAGCAAUCAAUCAAUCAAUCAGAUUCCAAACUCUCCACCAUGGCCAAGACCAAAGAGCUCUCCAAGGAUGUCAGGGACAAGAUUGUAGACCUACACAAGGCUGGAAUGGGCUACAAGACCAUCACCAAGCAGCUUGGUGAGAAGGUGACAACAGUUGGUGCGAUUAUUCGCAAAUGGAAGAAACACAAAAUAACUGUCAAUCUCCCUCGGCCUGGGGCUCCAUGCAAGAUCUCACCUCGUGGAGUUGCAAUGAUCAUGAGAACGGUGAGGAAUCAGCCCAGAACUACACAGGAGGAUAUUGUCAAUGAUCUCAAGGCAGCUGGGACCAUAGUCACCAAGAAAACAAUUGGUAACACACUAUGCCGUGAAGGACUGAAAUCCUGCAGUGCCCGCAAGGUCCCCCUGCUCAAGAAAGCACAUAUACAGGCCCGUCUGAAGUUUGCCAUUGAACAUCUGAAUGAUUCAGAGGAGAACUGGGUGAAAGUGUUGUGGUCAGAAGAGACCAAAAUGGAGCUCUUUGGCAUCAACUCAACUCGCUGUGUUUGGAGGAGGAGGAAUGCUGCCUAUGACCCCAAGAACACCAUCCCCACCGUCAAACAUGGAGGUGGAAACAUUAUGCUUUGGGGGUGUUUUUCUGCUAAGGGGACAGGACAACUUCACCGCAUCAAAGGGACGAUGGACGUGGCCAUGUACUGUCAAAUUUUGGGUGAGAACCUCCUUCCCUCAGCCAGGGCAUUGAAAAUGGGUCGUGGAUGGGUAUUCCAGCAUGACAAUGACCUAAAACACACGGCCAAGGCAACAAAGGAGUUGCUCAAGAAGAAGCACAUUAAGGUCCUGGAGUGGCCUAGCCAGUCUCCAGACCUUAAUCCCAUAGAAAAUCUGUGGAGGGAGCUGAAGGUUCGAGUUGCCAAACUUCAGCCUCGAAACCUUAAUGACUUGGAGAAAAUCUGCAAAGAGGAGUGGGACAAAAUCCCUCCUGAGAUGUGUGCAAACCUGGUGGCCAACUAUAAGAAACGUCUGACCUCUGUGAUUGCCAACAAGGGUUUUGCCACCAAGUACUAAGUCAUGUUUUGCAGAGGGGUCAAAUACUUAUUUCCCUCAUUUAAAUGCAAAUCAAUUUAUAACAUUUUUGACAUGCGUUUUUCUGGAUUUUUUUUGUUGUUAUUCUGUCUCUCACUGUUCAAAUAAACCUACCAUUACAAUUAUAGACUUAUCAUUUCUUUGUCAGUGGGCAAACGUACAAAAUCAGCAGGGGAUCAAAUACUUUUUACCCUCACUGUAUAUACUAAGGACAUGUGUAUGAAUAGCAAACAAGGCACUCGAAAGCCACAGCAUGUCAAAUUCAACUUAAAAUACACAUUGGCUAUACAUUGUGGGUCUAUAUAUAUCAAUAAAAGCCAGUAGGGGCUGGUGACGGGAGGACGGCCCACAACAAUGGCCGGAAUGGAGUGAAUGGAACAACACAAAACAGACAAACCCAAAUGCUUGAUACCAUUCCACUCUUCCCUCCCCGGCCACCACUACGAGCCGUCCUCCCCUCACCAGCCUUAUUUACCUUUGGUACACACAUUUCACCACAGUGAUUGUGUUCCUCCUACUCUAUAUAAUAUUUAUGUUUAUAGAAAUGUGUUGUUUAUUUGAUGUAUUGAUGCAGGGCUUAUCCGUAAAAGUAUUCUUACUGAUUUUGUUAUUUAUUCAGUCCGACCCCUGCUGCUGUCUCUGGCUCCACACCUAGCCCCCGCCCGGCCAUCUAGAGGUGUGAAGAGGCCAGCCCAGAAGCGGCACUCUGUGCUAGAAGAUGAUGUGGAGCCACUUCCACCAACAGGACCUCAGCUGGCCAUGACUGGAAAGUACAGCCCCCUUCAUCUCUACCCCUCUACUCCUGCCACCAGUGGUGUUCACCUGCCAAAAUACAUAACUGCUGACAGGAAUGUGCCAAAAGAGCACAGCAGGGAGGCGCCGUUGUAUUUGUAUUUAUUAUGGGUCCCCAUUAGCUGCAGCCAAGGCAGCAGCUAUUCUUCCUGCGGUCCAGCGAAAUUAAGGCAGUUUAUACAAUUUUAAAAACAUUACAAUACAUUCACUGAUUUCACAACACACUGUGUGCCCUCAGGCCCCUACUCCACAACUACCACAUAUCUACAGUGUGUACGUGUGUGUAUAGUGCGUAUGUUAUCCUGUGUGUGUGUGUGUGUGUGUGUGUGUGUGUGUGUGUGUGUGUGUGUGUGUGUAUGCAUGUGUCUGUGCCUGUGUUUGUGUUGCUUCACAGUCCCUGCUGUUCUAUAAGGUGUAUGAAUGAGGGAGCUACAUAACAUUUAGUAUGAAGUCACCCAGGUGUCUUCACAAGAAAUCUCCUAUCACCUGCACUACUUUUUCUGUUACCCUCUGCUUUACAUCAGAAAGAGACUGCUAUGGGACUUGGCAUCAGCAGUACAAUCUUGUGUAGAGGAUUGAGGGUGUUCUAAAUACUGUAAUUGUAAAUAGUGUGUAAAUGUAUAUUAUAAUUGUUUCACUUUGUGUGUGGUUUGUGGUGUGUUCACAUAUGACAUUAGAUCAGUGUUGGCUGCUAACUUGGCCCUUACCUUAAAUAGUUCACUUCUGUGUUGGGAGGCGUUGGAUCAGCAUUCUCAUCGCAUCUCCUGUUAGUACCUUUUAUGUAGGGAAUCUAAUGAUCCAUCAUGUAUGACAUUCCUGGGAAUGUGUAAACUUGUAUUUUUUAUUACCAUAGUAUUUUUGUAUGUUCUCUAUAGUUAUGUACUUGAAAAUGUAUCAAUUUACCAAUUCGGCCACUUGGGUACAUUUGGGUGAACUCGUGAGGGACACCUGGGUAACUUCAUUCUAAAUGUUAUGUAGCUCCCUCAUUCUUGAUGGUGUCAGUCUGAAACUUUGCACAUACACUGUUGCCCUCUUGUGGACAACAUCUAAAUGACCUCCAGCUUCCUAUCUGAAUGUAUGGCUUUUCUUUUUCAUGUCAAAGAUGAUAAAAUAAAAAUAGAUAAUAUGUUUUUUUGUUUGUUUAAUCUUUUACCAGAUCUAUUGUUUGUUCUCCUACAUUAAUUUCACAUUUCCACAAACUUCAAAGUGUUUCCUUUUCAAAUAGUACCAAGAAUAUGCAUAUCCUUGCUUCAGGUCCUGAGCUACAGGCAGUUAGAUUUGGGUAUGUCAUUUUAGGCAGAAAUUGAAAAGAAGGGUCUGAUCCUUAAGAGGUUAACACCCUUACGAUAAGUGCCAUGGGCUCUUUAGUGAGCACAGAGAGUCAGGACAUCCGUUGUAACUUCCCAUCUGAAAGAUGGCACCCUAAACAAGGCAACGUCCCCAAUCACUGCCCUGGGGCAUUGGGAUAUUUAUUUCGACCUACUGGCCCUCCAGUACCACUUCCAGCAGCAUCUGGUCUCCCAUCCAGGGACUGACCAGGGCCAACCCUGCUUAGCUUCAGAGGCAAGCCAGCAGUUGGGAUGCAGGGUGCUAUGCUGCUGGCAAAUAAACUUGAUAUGGUCUAAAUGAACGAAAGCCUGAAUUAACUUCAUAAUUAACUGAUAAUAAACUGAAUUAGCCUAUCGUAAACAAAUAAGUGCUUGCAUUUUUGCAGGCUGUGUAUCCAUCUACCGGGUUGUUGUCCUUAUCCACAAUGACUCCAAAAUCCUUCCUAACCAAACCGGGGAUUUCACUCACUGUGUGGUAUCUUACCCACGUUGUAUUUCAUAACCUUUCUAUUUCUCCGGUUACGUUAGCCAUUUUCACGUGAACUAGGCUAGCCAGGAAAAGUAGGCUAAACUUGGCAAUGUAUUCUCACGUGGGGGGAUGAAACAUAUGUUUUCAGCACCACAGGAAUAAUGGACAGUUCCCUGACCCACUGCGUGCAUGGCUUGUAGCCUACAGUAUAUGUCUGCCUCACCACUCAGAAUGGAAUUCGCAACAUCAUGCAACACAACAAGCUCCUGGGUUUGUAAAAACAAUAUCUUAAUUUCAAAAGUUUCUGACCCGCAAUAUAAUUGUUCUGAACUGCGAGCCGAUACGCGGGUUGAAAGAAUGUUUUCAUUCCCACCCGCCACCAUAUUUUUUUGCAGAUAUCCAACCCGAUGCAGGCUCUACUGUAAGAUACCACACAGUUACUGAACACAAUGGUAUAUCAUUCUGUAGUACUGUAUUCUCUUUGGGGUUAGAAUUCUGGAAACUUUUGCAAAAUUCCUAUGUUUUCCUAAAUUCCAAGUUUGAGAAAUAUUAGGGAAAGUUUCAACCCUAAAUGUUGCAACCCUAAUCCUCUAUAUCCACAUUGCUUUGUAGACUUCCUCCUGUGGAUUGAUGGCUUUGGCCGAGUUCUCCCUAUCCGGACGGGGUCAGGGACCUCCCUAGGUGUGGCCCCCAAAGCCCCAGAGGGAUCCGCAGCCGUGACAGCCCUCAAUUCAGACUUUCAAAAGUUCUCCCCCUUCGCCCCACUAGUGGUAGGGGGGGACCAGCGACCCGUCGAGGGGGACGAUGCAGUGAACUUUCUGCCCCACCACAUGCAGCGAGGGGCAAACCCUGCCUCGGCCCAGAGGGCGGGUCCUAAUGGCGGGGGCCCUCUGGACUACAACCCUUACUACACGCCGGCCGAUUACUACUCCAGCCUGGCCAAGGAGCACUCUUUGGAGAGCCAGGACAGCUCCACGCUCAGCGGCCCUCCCUCAGACAGCCUGGCACAGCCAGGGGCCUCCGGGGCAGGGGCAUCUGCCACAUCUGCCCUAGAUUCCCUCUUCCAAUUCUCCAUUGGAAAAAUCCUAGUGGAGGAGGGAGGGGCGGAGGUGGGGCCGGGGAGUCAGGGGCUCAACUGCGAGCUUCCUGCAUUCUAUGAGGGGGUGGCGCACCCUGAAGGGGCGGACGGGGACGUGAAGCCCACCUUGCCACUUCAACUUCACCCGGCCAAUCGAGCCAACGCAAAGAGGGUGGCGGUGGACCAGCGGCAGCUGAAGAGGUCAGUGCUGAUGGAUCCCCAAAUCUGUCCAUUCAGAUUUGUAUCCUCAACUAAGUGCUUGAUAAUGCAUCAGUGGAGCAAUGCAAGCUAGAGAAUAACUUUCAGAAAGAUAGUUUUGUUUUUUUGGAGGUCUGCCAUCUUUCUACCGUCUUUCUAAAUGAUAAAUUAUUUGUUAAUCGCUGUAUACCACUUCCUUUCUUCUUUCAGAGUGAUCAUGUCGGUGAAUGACAAGUGGCACUACUGUCACAACUCUGAGGUGCUGGUGGGCUCCCGGGCCAUGAGAGACCGUCACCUGCUACUCCUGGGAUAUGUCAUCCUGCAGGUGAGCCCAUACCAUUUCAACCAUCUUAAAAACCAAAUUUUUUAACCAUUUUACAAACCACAUUGUAAACCUCUUACAAACCAUAUUUUAACCAUCUUACAACCACAUUUCAACCAAAUUUCAGUAUUCCCUUACCUUCAUUACAAUCAUCCUAUGAAGCUUUUGAAUUGGCAACUGGUCUACUAAUGGUCCACUUGGCCCAAAUAAAGAAAAACUAAGUGUAAUCCCUCCUUGUGUUUUCUCUAUUCUCUGCUCCUCUUUUUCCUCUCUCCCUCUGUUGUUCCUGUCUUCCACAGCUGCCCUAUCAUGAGCUGGAGAAGCUGAAUGGUAUAGAGGAGGUGAAGCAGUACCUCCACAAAAAGCUCCUGGAGGUCCCCUUAUGA